UCAGAGGGGCUCCCCGGGGCCGCGGUGGCGGCGGCUUUGGCGGUCGUGGAGGUGAGCAUGAAUCGAUCCCAUUUCUGUAUUUCAUUUCUGCACGGGAUUCAGGGAGGGGAAAAUACAGCAGAAGAGCUGAAACAAUAAAAAUGGUUGGCAGGCCGCGGUGGUUUCCAGCGACAGGACAUGGGCCCUCCGACCACCGUUCUCGAGAUGGGCAAGUUCGUCCACGCCUGCGAGGGCGAAAUGGUGGUCGAGUCGACGAAUCCCAAGAUCCCCCACUUCAACGCCCCAAUUUACCUCGAGAACAAGGUACGCUACUACAACUCCGCUAUACAUUUUUACUGCUUCCGUGCUCAUGAAUUCUGACAAUCAACUCUCCGUCUAACAGACGGCAAUCGGCAAAGUCGACGAAGUCCUCGGCCCGAU